AUGCUCUCCAAAAGAAAUCCUCCCCAGACCCCGUCUGAUGCUUUCACUCGUUAUCGAGCGACGAAGGCGUCAAUGAGCAGACCCAAACGGAAUGUCAAAGAUAGUUCCAGUUCGAGCAGCUCCAGGCGCAUAGAGAUAGACCCGAGACGAAGACCGGCGUGUCCACCAGAUAUAUCUUCCCCAUCGCCCCCAUCCACUCCCAUCGUCCUCCUCCACGUCGGCCCAGAGAAUCGCCUUUUCGCAGCGCACGAAGCCAUCCUCUCCGCAUCGCCCUUCUUCGCCCAGCGCUGCCAGUCGCAAACCCCCUCCCCGCCCUCCCGCUCACACCCGCACAUCCAAUCCCCAGGCAAAAGAAUCAAUCUCCCAGACGAACAGCCCGAAGUAAUCUCCUGCAUCCUCGAGUACCUCUACAAAGGCGACUAUUACCCCAAACUGCGCCACAAUGCGCGACGCAGAACCUGGGAGCUAGAGGAGGGAGAAGAAGACGACGGUAAAGACGACGAGAGAACAAGCCCAGGCGCAACGCUCUUCCACACCGGAGCUGGGGAGGUGAUUUUGCGCGAUACAGCUAUAUACUGCGCGGCCGAGAAAUUCAAUAUCCCCGCUCUUCAAAGGCUCGCACUUCGCAAACAGGGCCUGCAUACCGGUAUCACGGUGAAUACCAUUCUUGCGAGUGCGCGAUACGCGUAUGCGAAUACGCCGGAUACGGAGUCGAAGCUGCGGGCGCAUUAUCUUGCGCUGAUUAUUCGGUGUCGCGGGACGUUCAAGCGGAGUGGGACGAUGCAGAUGGAGAUGGAACGGGGUGGUAAAUUGUUUUUCGACUUGUUUGUCGCUAUGUGUAACCAUAUGGAUGAUGUGUUUCCGGCUUUGUCGGUUUGUAGUUCUGUUGCGGCAAGGGAGUAA